AUGGGCCUUUCUCUUAAACAACGUUCAUUAGCAACUGCAAUCCCUGGAAAAGCCAUCUACUCCAUGGCUGAUAUGUCUUUGACAAACCCAGAAGUUGUAAUGAAAGACUUGGAGCAUAGGAAGGUGCAGGAAGAAAUGGCCCAACAUCAAAACGUUCUCCCAAACCUACCGAGCAAUGAUGGAAUGCAGUCCACUGAACAAGCAAUGGAAGUCGACGUGGAUAGCAUUAUGCAACAACGUGAAGAGAGUCAAUCGAUGUCCAUUGAUUUGACUGUUUCUCACCCGGCCCCAACAUUCGACAAAUCUAUUUUCAAUUUUCAAACGUCUGCUGUUUCUGCAAAGGCCAGAGACAUUAAUUUCGAUCGGUCCCUAUUUGAUUUUACAAAGCCCACGGUGUCUUCCCCCUCCCCCCAGUCCAUCUUUGACUUUCAGAAACCUGGAAUCUCCUCCCCGAGCUCAGGCAUAAUGCCCACUUUUGACCAACCCAAACUCUCCUCCCCCAUCAAUGAAGUUACUUUCGAUCGGGCCAUCUUCAAUUUUGAUAAACCCAAAGUGUCUUCCCUGGCCAAAGAUGUUGGUUUGGACCAGGCGAUGUUUGAUUUUACAAAGGCCACUGUUUCGCCACAGUCUAUCUUUGAUUUUCAGAAACCUGGAAUGUCCUCCCUGGCCUCGGGCUCUCAUUUUUCCUUUGAAUUCCACAAGCCUGAUGUCGUGAUCUCGGAUGUGGACAAGUUGGUCUUCUCAUUUCAACCAUCUACCCCUGCAUCAAGCAGCCAGAAGCCAGCCAGAGGAAACCCUGGGUCACGUUCAAAGCACAAUCGCCAUCGUGCCAACCCAAGUUUACAGCCCCCAAACAAGCCCGAGGAAAGACUGGGUCCAAUUGAAAGCACGAGGGCCAUCGUACCAACUGCCUUUGGUCAGGCCAUGGCAUAUGCUCCAUACCUGAUCUUCAUCCAUACACAUCGUCGGUUAGGACCCCGCCCACCACGUUCAACCAAAUUGGUGGAGUUGGAUUCCAACUCCCGACGUGCAAGGGGGAUGUAUCAAAACUACGAUCUCCGUGCCCGGUGGGAAAAUUCCGGUGUUGAUAAGACCUUUGGCGACAUGAUAGAGGGAUUCACCAAAGUCUGGGAAAGGGUCACUGACCCAGAUCCUUCACCUGAUCCCGUACUCCAGGACAUGCAGGCCAAAUUGGAUCAGCAUGACUCUCAAGAACUUACCCAUGAUGAUGCCAUGGACUCUCUUUCAGGCCGUAUUCACCAGGAGGCGGUCAGAUCCCUGCCUGAAAACAUUACAAUGACCAGCCAUUAUCGGUAUAUUCUAACUCAAAUAAGGAGGGAUAAAGAAAGGUUGGUUGAACAGAUUGAAACUGAUCGAGAUAUUUUAGCAGCAUUGGAUGCCACCUUACUUUCACUAAAACCGUUUGUAACGAACAAGGGGAAGGCCCGGGACCAGGGUGAAUAA